AUGGUCAUUGCUGAAAAGUACAAGGAGAAGAUUUGUAACGUGAGCAAUAAGGAAACCUUCUGUAACAAUCACACAAGCCAUGUUUUUCAGGAUUAUGACUCGGAAUUGACUAGAGAAAGUGAUAAAUGUGCUAUCGAAGGUCUUUUCAAAACUUUCGAGGAAAGUCAAGAGCUUGAAGCAGUGUUCAUUCCACACACAGUGUUUAACGAUCGUCUUGCCAUAAGUUGGCGCAAUCUUCAGAGCAAGGAUGAUCGUAAUCCCCAAGAAGUUCUCAAUGCGAGACCCUGUCAAGAGCAACGCAAUUUGGAUCGAGAAUGCUACAAUGCACAAUUUUUCGUUUACAAACAUUUCUGCCUACUGAAUGCUUCAGAUGCCUCCGACUCUUCCGACGUAUCAGUCACUUUCUUCACCUUGGCUUUCAUGAUUUUGGGUAUCAUGAUCAACAGAAUGGGUGCUCCAUGGGCGAAUAGACUUAUGUUUCUGUUCUUCACAGUGGUAACUUUGUUGGCGGGUAUUGUCAUUGGGUUCGCCCUUGCGCUGAUGGACGAGAAACUGAAACUCUGGAUUGUGGAGAAAGUUUUGUUCGCCCUACUUGUUGCAUUGGUGCCUUCACUUCUAGCUGUAUGGGACAAAUGCGGCGAAUUCUUGGAGGAAACAUACCCGGAAUUGUUUGAGGCUGAUGUGCCCGAGUAG